AAAACAUCUAAAUCUGCGGUGGAUUUAGAUUUUUGCGGUGUUUUUUCGCGUGGGUUUGUUUCAAGUUCUUCGCAGAGUACAGGCGGUUUUUUAAAAACAAGCGAAAGACCAAUAAUUCUUAAAUGUCAGACGCGGCAUCUGAAUACGCAUGUUAUAUUCUAAAUAAGUAUUUUGGUGAAGCUGCCACAGUAAGCACACAUAUUCUGUGUGUUAAAGGUUCAUCAAGUUUGUCGGAAAUUUUAAGGGAUUCUCACAAAAAGUUACACUCAAGCCGAGUUUGCAAAUGCCUUAUUUCACUUAUCAGACAUUCCAUGUUAACUAUACAGAAAGAUCAGAUAUUAAAAUACAGUUUAAAUUAUGAACGAAUAUUUUUUGUGCCAAGACUUCCAUUGUUUUGUAAACUCGUGUUUCAUUACUAUGGCAAGGUUGCUGAGCAGGCUAUGAUUUAUUUCUCUAUGUUUGGGCGUGGAUCUUUAAGUGAUCUGUUAGUGCAUUGUGUUAAAAAGCAUCUUCAUAAUAAACUCCCUCUAGAAGAACAACACAGCUAUGUUGAGGCUUUAGGAACCACUGUGACUACUCUUGUUAAAACCAAUGUCCUUCAAAUUGUAAAUCCGAAGCUGUGGUCAGUUGAAUCUAACAAGGAAACUAAUGUAUCGACUGUACCUUCUCGAACAGCUGAAGCACCUGUACACGUCAAUGUCUCGGAAUCUGAAAUGCAAAUGCCAAAGGACGAUAUAUGUGAGGCAUUACAUAAUUACAUUUCCAGUGGAUUUGUUAACUGGCCUAUUGCAAAUGAAAGAAAUAAUGAACCAGUGCGUAAACGCGUAAAACGUUAUGACGAAUCAUCCGAGUUAGUGAAAUCUCUUAAAUUGGUGGUCUGUCCAAAUAUUCAAACAUUAGAGACAAUGUGGAGAGAUCGAUUGAUAUGUCAGUUGGCAAGUGAAAAACUUGGUGGAAUAUGCGGUGAUAUUCUUUCACAUUUAUUAUGUAUUGCUACAGCUGCCAAUAGGGGCACAGGAAUCACUUCUCCAGAGUCAGGAGCUGUUUCACGUUCAGAGCUUUUGCGAAGUAUGCGAACUGUACCGGAUCAUAUAUCCUCGUACAUAUCUUUACUGAUAGAUGAUGAGGUGAAAUUUCUUUUACAACAACCUGGAUUAGCCGGUUACAUGUACACAUGUCCUUACAAAUACGUCAUUAAACAACUAUUUAUCAAAAAUGUAGAGUAUAUCAUACAAGUCCUCUUUGAAAGUAAUGGGUUACGUAUUUUCCGAUUUCUUCUGCUUUCUGGACCUUCAAAUUUAGAAGAGAUUGAGCGAAGAGUAUUGCUUCCCCAAAGUGAUUUCCGACGAAUACUACCACGUAUGGUAUCUAUGGGACUUAUUACAACAACUGAACUAUCGCGAACGAAGGAAUACACAGCAGACACUAUCUUUUGUUUGUAUUCCAUCAAUUUGUUGCAAGUUGCUCGAUUGGUAAUUGAACUUUCACAAUACGAGGUUUUUCGUAUCUCUUUGCGUCGUGAUUAUGAAUUUUCACAGAAAAGUCGUCUAAUCGAACAGCGUUACCGUAUUGAGUCUCUUAUCCUGCAACAUCAGACUAAGUUGAAUGAAUACAACGAAUCCUCGUCUAGUGUAUCUCUUAAUGAUUCGAAUGAGUCUGAAUCACAACACAAAGAAAGUAUAGAAUCUUUAAAAUCUUCAAUAACACCUGCUGAACUGCAUAAAUUAACAGUUUUAUCAGAUAAAUUAUCUAAGUUAAUUAACUGUGAAUACAAAUGUCAUACAGCAUGGUUUGUAGCUGAUCUUUUUCUUCGUUUACAUUCUUGAUUACAUUAAACGUAAAAGUCUAUGUUCUCCAGUUGUAUGUAAAUAAUUCUUAUGCUGUGUUACCCAAGGUUUCGUGAUAUAUAGAAUAUAAAUGAAUCUUUUAAUGUUUUCAUAAUCUCAAAAUAUAUAUUACUGUUUUAGGAAAUGACGUUUUGGUUUACCAUCUCUUUUGUAACGGGUACAUUGUAUUUAUUCAAAUAAAGCAUUAAAGUAACUGUG